GGAGUUAUGAUGCUAUACACUUCAAUUUCAUUACUUUUGAGUGCCGUAUCUAUUGCAGCUCUCUCAGUUAGUGAUGCACAUACUAUCCGCGAGACUGUCCCCCAAGAUGCAGGACCUCCCAUCCUUUUACCAUUCGUGUGCUUCUCUAUUGAAUUUGUCUUCUUUCCCGAUUUUGCAGGGAACAAAUCACAGCCUAACUUGUUUUCAAACAACCUUCUCAAUAACCUGGAAAAUAUUCAAGGAAUCAAGCCACAUAUCAGAGUUGGUGGCCUUACACAAGACUACGCACUCUAUAAUUCGUCACUGGAGACAGCCAUCAAUGGCACUUACAUACCCUCUAUAUCAACGGACUAUCCGUACAUCAUUUACAUGGGUCCAUCAUUCUUUGAGUCCUAUUUGACGUGGCCAAACACCAAAUUCUCUCAUGGAUUCAACCUAGGAAAGAAUAGUUCACAUGAUAUACAGCUGCUGCUUGACACGGUGCCGCUAGCCUGUGAAGCCCUUGGAAAAGGAAAUUUGUUGGUUUGGGAAUUGGGAAACGAGCCUGAUGAUUAUCCAGUCUCUAUUCAGGGACCUGUGAGACCUGCUAACUGGACCGAGAAGGAUUAUGUUCACCAGUGGUUAAAUCGAACUGCUGCCUUGAAAAAGCAGAUGGAGGAUCAUUGUCCUCAAUUGGCAAACACAAAAUACAUGGCACCCUCAUUUGGAGGAAUAACUGGAGCCUUGAAAGCACUUACCACCUGGCAAGUUGGCCUCAAUGAUGCUAAGAACAUUGCUUUCAAUUCUGAGCAUAACUACAUGGGAGGAGCGGAUGAGCCAGGAGUCACGCUUCAGAAGACACUGAUGAAUCAUACUGCGGUGAUCCAGAACGCGGCACCGCAUAUUAACUUGAUGCAAAGUCUCUCAGCUGAAAACCUUACGCCUAACAUUCCCUAUAUUCUGGGGGAAACCAACUCCCUCUACAACGAAGGGCGAGCAGGCUUAUCGAACUCAUUCGGAGCUGCCCUCUGGGGAGUGGAUUGGAAUUUAUACUGUGCGUCUCAGGGUAUUAGACGGGCCUACAUGCAUCAAGGGACGGACUAUAGAUACGCAGCAUGGCAGCCGGUUGAAACAAACAAGACUACACUUGGGACAAAGGCCCCCUAUUACGGAAAUACCAUGGUGGCUGCCAUGACCCAGGGUGUGAAUGAUGUGCGGAUUAUGAAUAUCCCGCUUAGCCAGGAUACCGAGUCUGCUUAUGCGGCCUACGUCGACGGCAAACUGGCCCGGAUUGCCGUUGUAAACAUGGUGGAAUACAACUACACCUUUGGUGCUGAUCCAUCAAAUGAUAAUAAUCGUCCGAAGGCCAAGUAUUCAUUCCACUUGCCUUCUUCAGUUGCAUCUCGACCAGUCUCGGUACAACGCCUGUUGGCUAAUGGGAGCAAUGCCAUUACGGGCGUCACUUGGGAUGGAUUCUCGUACAAUUACGAGUUGGAGGAUGGGAAACCUGUUCGAAUGAAUAACAUCACAACGGGUGAGACGAUUCAUGUUGGCGCCGAUGGUGUGGUCACACUUGAAGUGCCUUAUUCAAGCGGUGCUCUUUUGAACAUACAGUGA